GCAGGCUUCAAGUGGGAAAUUGUGAAGGUUUGGUUACAGGUAGCUGCAAGCUGGGACGCUUUUCUUCUCUUGUCUGUGACUCAGCUGUUUUCAAAUCUACUGAGACGUAAAGUAAGUUCACAGUCCACACUGUAAACUAAUGUCUCGGAUGAAUGGAAAUGUUUUCCCAGUCUGUGGCCAUGUACCCUGUGGACCUUCCAGCCGUGGAUGAUCCUGACCUGACAUCAGCAUCCGAACAGUUCAUCUCUUCUUUGGAGUCAGGGAUGAGAAAUAAUGAGUGGUUCCAGUCGUCAGACAAAACCAAGGUAGCAAUAACCGCAAAAAAUGUAAGGCGGUUGCAUCUGUUUGAAGUUGUCCCACCUCACUGUACACUGUUGGCGCUUCACCGUCCUAAUGAUCCAACCCAAGUGGUGGCUUUAUACCUGCAUGAGAGAUGGUGGAGUGUGGACGACGUCUUACAUACUGCCAGAAAAUCCAGAAGAGGCUUGAUGCUGGUGGAGUCGAUUAUGGAGAGGGUGAUCGUGUUCCUGCUCAGUCAGGUGGUGGAGAGGUCCUCACAGGAGGAGGUGCUGUUCUCCCUGCACCCUCGCUCAGAGAGCUGCAAAGUGCUGUGGAGGGACGGCCAGGCAGUCGGCUUCUACACUGUCAAACACAAAGGUAGCCUGUGUGACAGCUGGAGCGGUUGCUGCUACCUGCUGCCUGUUCUGGACACAAUUCUGGUGAGGAGGAGCUUCAGGAGAAGAGGCUUUGGUCUUCAGAUGCUCGAGGAUUUCUGCUCCACGUUCCCUUCAGAGACGUUUCUGGGAGUCAGCUCUCCUUUAUCGUCCAGCAUGGUGGCAGUUUGCAGACGGUUCCUGCAGCAUCAGGAGGAACAUCAGGAGCAUCUGUAUGAGGUGGAGGCUCCAGGAGGUUGGGCUCAACGAAGAAACAUCUGGCUCAACAUCCAGCUGGGCCGCUACUGCCCCAGUAAAAAUGGAAAGAGAAGAACAACUCAGAGUACUGAGGGGGAUGAUUCCAUUCAGAAGACCUACACUUGUGGAACAGACCCGACCUCAGAGAGCACAUUGGCUGUGAACAGUCCACUGGUGAACAUCUCUUUGGAACAACGAAGUGAACUUUGUGAUCAAAGUCAGAGAGGAGCCUCCCCAAGUAGCAAGACCUCUGGAACAGGAUGUAACCCUGCAGCCUACGCUGAAGAUCUGGACUCUGGAGUCCCUUCCACACCAGCACGGUCCCUUAACACAAAACAAGCCCUGAUAUCCAAGCCCUCGCUUUCCUCAGAACCUCACAGAGAGGAGCCAGAGGGGGAGGAGACACAGAGAGGGGCCAAACGAGUUAGAAGGACAUGACCUACUGUACAUCAGAGUAUGCAGUAUGGGGACUGUUCAUGCAGGUUGAUUGAUGCUAAAACUUAAGUGACUUUAAUACUGUAUUUAUGGAAUAAAUGUACAGUUAUCCUUUACAGACUGUCUUAUCAAUAAAUAAUAAGUACAGUUUGAUAAAAGUAUUAUCACAGAGCAUGUCAUAAACAGUUUACACUGUAAAAUACAAUAUGAACAAAUCACUGUCAAUGUACUGUUGGCUUUCUUCAUGCUUUCUUCAUGCUUUCUUCAUGCUUUCUUCAUGCAUUCCCUGCGGUGCUACGCCCACUUAAGCAGGUGUUUAAAAAGAAAGGAAAACAUCUGUGUGUUAGGAGUGGAACGUAUAAAAUGGGGAAGCAGCCCUGCAUAUUUCGAUGUAUUAAAGUCUACAUAAAGGGUCACUGGGUGGUUUCAAAUGUCCCUGAGCACUUAAAUAAAUAUCAGGUAUUACCUUUA